GCUCUGCUGCCCGCCUCUUUCGUCCCCAGCAGAGAAGCCAGGCCCCCUUUUUCCCCUCAUGGAGGAGGAGGAGGAGGAGGCAUGAGGAAGGCGAGGGAGCCAUGCCACCAUGGAGAGGAGGAAAGGCACCGCCGCCGGGAGCAGCGUGGUGCUGACAGGCUACCAUUCCUACUCGCCCUCCUCCAGGCAGCAGCCCCAGGGCUUCCCGCCCGAAGGCCCCGACCCCCGCUCGCCCCUCAGAAAAUCCCUUCCUCGAUGCCAAAGAAUUAGCAGAAUGCUCUCCAAUGAGUCCUUGCGCCCUCCUGUGUACAGCCGUUCUAAUUCCCAAGCUUCUGUUGAUAGCACUUCCAUGGAAGAUUUCUGGUGUGAAGUGGAGAAUAUCAAAGAAAGCACGGAAUACAGGCAGGAUGAACAAACUGUGUUAGAAAUCAAGCCUCCUGAUGAAGGUGAACUAGAAGCUGAAUGGCUGCAAGAUGUAGGUUUGUCAACAUUAAUAUCAGGAUCUGAAGAGGAUGAUGGAGAGGCAUUAUUGUCCACCCUUACCCGAACCCAAGCCGCUGCAGUGCAGAAGAGAUAUAAUACUUACACUCAAACAAUGAGAAAGAAAAAUAAGCACACAGUCAGAGAUGUGCGAGAUAUUUUUGGCAUCAAUGACACUUCUCCUACAUUUGAAGCUAUACCAGUGUCACCUGUAACAACCAAUGGUUUCCAGCUUCCUGUGCAAAAACCAGCAGGUAACUGUCUAGAAUAUGAAUCUGACAAGAAUAGCCAGUUGGUGAAAGAAGAGCUGUCCUUUGAUGUCUCAUUCUCAGAAUCAAUCACAGUGAUUCCAAAGCACAGAGAAAGGCAUAAAAAUCAAAGGUUAAAAAAGGAUGAAUCUUCUUUGACUAACUUUACAAUUAGGAAAAGCCGACUGGGACUGACUGCAGUUGGAGAUUUGUCUCUUAAUGACAUGAAGAAAAUUCGCUACCUCUCUCUGAUUGAACUUACCGCCUUCUACGAUGCUUUGGGGAUAGAGCUAAAGAGGAACCGAACAGAAAGGAUUAAAGGACGAGAAAGUGGCCUUUUUGGAGUUCCGUUGGCAGUGCUGCUGGAAAAUGACCAGAAAAAGGUUCCUGGGAUAAAAGUUCCACUCAUCCUUCAAAAACUGUUGCUCAAACUUGAGGAAACAGGCCUGGAAACAGAAGGAAUUCUUCGUGUGCCUGGAUCUGCUUCACGUGUUAAGAGUCUUCGCCAAGAAAUUGAAGCAAAAUUUGAUGAAGAUACUUUUGACUGGGAUCAAGUACGUAACAAUGACACAGCAGGACUAUUGAAGAUGUUUAUACGGGAACUUCCAAGUCCCCUCUUCACUAUGGAAUAUUUGCCUGCCUUCAUCUCAUUAGUGGAAAAAAUCUCUCAAGUCAAACUGCAGCUGCAGGCUUUGCAUUUACUGAUCCUGUUGCUUCCUGAUUCCAGCAGGGACGCAGCCAAGGCCCUUCUGCAGUUUUUGAAGAAGGUGGUAGCUAAUGAGAGGAAAAACAAAAUGACUUUAUGGAAUGUUUCCAUGAUUGUUGCCCCAAACCUUUUCAUCUGCAAAGGCAAACGUGCAAACCAAGAAGAGAUGUUAGCAGCUGCCACCACAGCCCAUGUUGUGAGACUUUUGAUUAAAUACCAGGAUAUCCUGUGGACGGUCCCAGCAUUUCUCAUUUCUCAGGUGAGAAAGAUGAAUGAGGCUACAAUCAACAAUACCAAAAGGCAGCUAAUGUUUGACAAAGGUGUGCGAAGACUAUUAAGAAGAAAAACUAUGGAGCGAGAGAGGCCAGAAAGAACGGAGUCUGACAUACCUGAAGGGGUGAUAAGAGUUCAUGCCCCACUGCAUUCAAAAAUUUCUAUGGCAAUUCAGCUGAACAAUCAAACAAAAGCCAAAGAUAUUCUGGCACGAUUUCACUGUGAAAACAGCCAUGGCUCAUCAGAGAAGAUGAAAAUACAAACCCAAAGUUUACAUGAAGUUGGAGGAAACAUAGGACAACACUGUUUGGAUCCAGAUGCUUACAUGCUGGAUGUUUACCGUGCAAAUCCACAAGCAGAAUGGGUGAUUAAACCAAAAAUAAGUUGAAUUCUGUAAAGACUUCAUGGCAGAGCACUUUGGAAAAUGCCAAAAGGAUGGUUAAAAAGCCUCUCUGUUGUAAGCCACGUUGCCAGUGAUGAAACCAAAGCGGUUGCUAUUCAGCAAGUAACUUCUCAAUUUAAUUUGCAACCUGUGUCUUCCAAAUGUAUCUUGAGAACUCUUACUUCAGUUAACAGUUUGUAAUAAUAAUUUAUUUUAUAAUGACCACGCUUUUAACACUGGUUUUACCACUGCCACUUUUCAACUGAUAUGAAGGAAUACAGUGAGCUCUUGUUCACUGAAUAAACACUGGAUUACUAUUACCACCACCAUGCCACACUUUUAGACUUGUUUGGGUGGCAUCCCAAGAGCAAAAGGACAUCUACCAGUAGGUAGGAAUCUUGAAGGAAAGGGGAGGGCAUCUUUUUAAUAUGAAGAAAAGGCCGUGCCAAAAUUCAUCCCUAGUCGAAAUAUAUCUUUUGUUGUCAAACACUUUGUGACUCAGAUCAAGGUGGCCAAUAAGAGGGAAUAACUACUAUGUAAAGCAUUUUUAUGUUACUGUACUGUGCAUGUAUAUAAAUGUAUAGGUAUAAACAAUUGCCUAUCAGGGUUUCAGUUUCUCUGGUUUUAUCCAUGCCUAAAUUAAUAUGUAACCAUUUGCACAAGUUAAUCAGUUGACAUGUACAUUUUACGUGGUAUAAUAAUCAUUGAUCCAGAAUACAAACAACUUUGAAGGAGCUGAAGGGUGAAAGCCUAGAAACGUCAUAAAAUUAGCAAAAUGUUUUUAUAUAAAAAAAGUAUACCCUUACUGUUAAACAUUCACAACAUGUGAUUUUUGCAGGUGCUCACUCAAAUGUGUCAUCCUUUCUCUCAGAAACAUCUUCUUCAUUAUUUCUUUUGCUUUUUCAUUUAAUGUUAAAGUAACAAUAGUGUUGAAAAUAGUGGCCUUGGCUUGGCAUUUGUAUAAAUAUAGGAUAACCUAAAAAGCUGUCUUCAUAGCAGACAGGGAAGAAUUAUUUCAGCGUGAGGUAUUAUAAAAUUUGAAGACAACCUCUAGCAAUUUUGACCCCUUUUCUUUCAAAUGCAAAAAGAAGCAUUUCAAAGAGUGCCCAAUACUGAGUGGGAGUGAAAGAAAAUAUAAGGUAGAGUGUCUAAUGGGAGGUAUUCACUAACUGCUGUAUGGGAAGACAAAAUGUACUGCAUGUAUUGAUUUCCAGUUUUCAUAUAUUUUUGUAUCUGUGGUAGCUGUAGUGUGUGUGUAUUUUUUAUUUUUAUCUUUAUGUAACUUCUCCUUCUCAGCUGAACCUCAAACAUACUUAAAGGGUUUAAAAACUGAAAUAUUUACUGUAUGGUUAAUUCAGUGUAGCUUGUUUAGCUUUUCAAAAAUUGGACCAUGAAAGGAAGCAGGAAAAUCUCUUUGCAACGGAUAUAUGUUUGAGCUAUGACUAAGCAAGUGCAUUACUUCCAUUUGACUAGAUAGCCUAUGUCUGUCCAGGCUACAUACAUUACAUGACAGGAAUCCCAUGGUUUUACUCAAAUCAGUGUAAUCUAUACCUAUAUGUUAACUUUUUAUAUAGGUGAAUUAUGUAAAAUAUUUAGAGGGAUAUUUUUUAAAAGCACACGUUUUAUACUCCUUGAUUUGCAAAAUGGAAUAAAUGUCUUAAUACAGAUUAAUUUUCAGAAAGGUACUGUAAAAUAUUCCAUAAUAAUACAGUAAUAUCUUAUUCGGUUGCUCAAGUCUUAAUGCUGCAAUCUACCUCACUGUAUUUUCCUGCAUCUACCAAUUCUGAUAGCCCUAAAGAGCCAUUUUUUGUGAGAUGAGAUUUCCUUAGCCACAUCCCCACUACAGGGGAACAGUGCUAACAGUGCUCCCCCGUCUUGUUUCUGCAUGUACAAACUCAGUCCAGAAUCUGAAAUUGUACAGGCAGCCUUUGAAGCAGUAUGUGAGACUUCAGCUAUAGGCACAGACCUCAGGAUGAAGGAGCAGAGCCAGAAAACCCCUAAGACCAGGCUAGAAAAAUUAGACAGCCAGAACUAUGUAGGUAAGCUUAUUCAUGCUUUAUGGGUCAGAAAUACACAAAAUGAGCAAGUACCAAGAAAUAUUAAGCCAGUGGUUGACUCUGAGCCCUCUCAGGAGUAAUAGGGGUUACAAAAUAUCCUGUGCAUUUAAGAGCAAGAUAUGCCAAACAUGGAGGACAAUUCUAAGUAUAUUAUUGAGCUUGUAAGAAUCUUUUAUAAGGGUGCUUGAAUGCUAAUUGAUGCAAAAUGUAAUUUUCCCCCCCCCCCCCCUUUGCAAAUGGACAAAAUUAUUAACAACCUGCCUGUCAUUGCUGAGCCCCCUCCUUUAAAAAUAGUUCUGGGGUCCCUGCACAUAAGACAGCUUCAGCUUGUUCCUUCACAAACCUACCCUGAUUUUAUUAUCUAUUUAGAAGUAUGAGUUUGUUAUACAAUUUGUAUAUAAAAGUGACAGGAGGAAAGGGUAGAGCAAAAAGCAAUAACCACCACCACCCCAUACACUUCGAUGAUACUUUUCCAUUGCUAUCCAUGCAUUGUGCUUUUCCUGAUAUUUACAUGUUGCUUUUUAUGUUUAUUUUUAAACUGUAACUUUUUUCUUGAUAGCUUUAUAAACUAGUAAUUGGUUCAAUCUGUAAUGCUGUCAUGAAACUAGCCCUCACUAGUAAAGAGUGCCCUGCAGCUUCUUAAAAAACGUAUUCAGCAUUCAAACACCUGUCACUAUGUCAGUUUUAUUCCAAAUUUCUGUGUCACUGUUUUCUUCCCAUGACCAAAGAGGUCUUAUAUCUUUUGCCAUUGGAUCUAGAAGGAAGUAGCACAGCUUGAAGGGUUAGGAAAAAGGAGGUUUUAUUCCUACCUUUCACUGUAUCAGGAUACACUCCAGACCAUUCCUCAGUAGACCAUGGGACUGAGGGAAGGGGAGUUAAGUGUGAGCCAAUGAGGGGUCAUAGUUUGAGUACUGAACUAAGAUUUCAAGAGACCUGGGUUUGAAUCCUCCAUGGAAAUCCCCUGGGUGACCUUGUGCAAGUCACUGUCUCUUACCCUAAACAGAACUCAAUGACAAAUGGCCUCUGAAUAAAUCUUGCCAAGAAAAUCCUAGGACAGAGUUGCCAUAAGUAAGAGUCAGCUUGAAGGCACAUAAUUUUGUAAGCACUGGAGGGAAAUUUUGUGUCCUUGCUGCAUAAAGGAACUGCUGGUGGUGAUGGGAAAAAAUGUAGGGUGGUACACAAGGCAAUUUCUUUCUUUCACAGGAAGAAAGCAAAAAUGCUUGUAGCUUAAAUGAGUAUAUAUGAAGAAUGAAAGUGGGCUCAAAAGUCAUGCCCCCACAGUGCUCAUCUGCAUGUCCUAACCACCACCAAUCCUUUCCAUUGAGGUCCUAAAGCUGAAGGGAAGCCAAAGAAAGUUCCUGUUUUGUACCUGUGUUGAAAGAAGGCAGAAAUUUCUUCCUCCAAACCAAUCUUUUCCUGAAUGUGCCAUUCCAAAUAUUCAGCAAUCUCCAUUUACUCUUGUUCUUUCUACCCAGUCCCAAUGCAUAAGCAAAACACCUACUUAAAAAUUACAGAAUGAUAAUUGUUCUACCUGAAGGCUUGCAUAUUUUUCUCAUGGGUAAAAUCUGGAAAUCAGCCAAAGUUAAGCAAUGUACUAGAUGAAAAGGAGGGUGGGGGAGAGUGAAGAAAGCGAACAGAAUGAGUACAUUUUUAUUUCUGUUCACUUCUGCUGAAUUCACAUAACAUAAAAAUGGUGUAACCUCCUAGCACAGUUUUAAAAAAUAAUGGCCAGAAUCCUGACUGGAAGUUGCAUUAUCAUAAGUGGACUUCCCUAUGCAGGAAUUAGAAUUGAACAAUUAAGUAGAGAGAUGCUGUUAUGUUACUAAGGAGCAGAGCUAGCAAAGUGACCAUUGCACAUUGAUUCCACUAUACACCAAGCAUUCCUGCCAAUGUCCUGAUCUGCAUCUUCACAAUUCACUAACAGGGUUUCUUAGCACGGCUGCUACUCAGCUAAGUAUACAUAAAGUUACAUUAAAUAAAAGGUGAUAUAUGAUUCUGGCAAUUAUUAACUAAAAUCUUUUUGUAUUUGUUACCAUUGACCAUCUGUCAUCAAUGGUUUGAUUACAGUCAUGAUUAAAUGCAGAGGAUUUAGAAAACAACAUGUAUGAAUUUAACCUAGGACAAAAAUUAAAGUGGUUAUCAUCUAAACCCCUUACAUGCUUUCUUUCAUAUGCUAUUAAAACACAGGCUUCCUACAAACCAAUCUUGAAGCUGAAGAAUGUAAAUUUAUGAAAACAGGUGAUUGAUAUGUUAAUAUAAGCCCAGUUUUUCUUGAGCACUUGAAUCAAUCACAAACUUAUUAGGGCUAUCUAAAUCUAAAAAUAAACAUUCAGGCUUAACAGGUUUGUGGACUGGAUGAAUGGACAUUUUUAGCCCUUUAAAACUACUAUUUUAUGCUUCACCAACUUACCCCUAGGUAUUUACUUAAAUGUUUUUAGUUGCAGCCCACAAUAAGUGUUAUGGAACCUUAUUUUUUAAAGGCCCUUUUCAUUACUUGGCACCAUGCAGUGGUCCAAACCUCAGCUUGAUCCAGCAUGUCACUCUGCUAAAUGUUUAGCUCAACUCUUUAAUCAGUCUGUGAAAACAUGUGUAUGUGUAGAGCAUAAGCAGCAGCUUCAGUUGUGUGGAUUCUCUUUUUGUGUGUGUGUCAACUAAUGGCAACACCAUGA